CACAGAAAACACUAUGGCAAAUUGUUAAUGGACACACUGGUAGGAAGUCAUCUAAACACGAACAAAACUUAAGUACUCAUGUUUAGACGUUAUUCGUCAAGCCCUAAAAAAUAUACUGAUGGCUAAGGAAAACCAAUGUCAUGUCGCAAUAAUAUUAUGUGAUAUGACACGGGCAUUCGACCUCUGUAAUCACAACGUACUCGAAAAAAAACUUGAGCAUAUUGGUAUCCGCGGCCCUAGCCUUAAGUUAAUGCUGGACUUCCUGCGCCAGCGACACCAAUGCGUCGCUAUAAAUAAUGGACGCACUAAAUCUGAUAGCGGGAAUAUCGAUAUCGGCGUUCCCCAGGGUUCGUCUUUAGCGAAUUUGUGCUUUCUUAUCCAGGUAAACGAUUUACCUAAAAUCGUAAAUGGUGAAAUGUAUAUCUUUGCUGACGACGCCUGUGACAUUAUAAACGCUAACACAAUUCCGUCUCUUGAGAAUAUUAUAGCCUCAGAGAUAUGUAGAUUACAGGGUUGGUUCACCGCUAAUGGUUUAGUCUUAAACCUACACAAAACACAAGUGAUGCACAUAUGCCUAGGAGGUAGGCCCCCGCGCCCACUAAGUGUCAACGUGGACGGCGCCGUCCUUCCUCAGGUAAAUAGUACCAAGUUCCUAGGCGUGACCUUGGACGCGGCCUUGAAGUGGAACGUGCAUAUAGAUGUCGUGUGUGGCAAGUUGUCUGGUGCAUGUUUCGCAUUAAGCAGGUUGGCGCGAAUCUUGCCUCACCAGCAGCUAAGGACUAGCUACUUCUCGCUGUUCCAUUCGGUGAUGUGCUACGGCCUAGAAUUCUGGGGCACAGCCGCGGAAUGGCAGCGUGUAUUCAUUUUACAAAAACGUGCAGUACGGAUCAUAUCAUAUGCCCCACACGGAACCCCCGCUAGGCAACUAUUCAUAAAUACCAACAUAAUGACACUCACAUCACAAUAUCUAUUUUACAUAAUUAAAUAUAUUAGAAAAAACAUACACCUAUUUCCAAUAAAGACAUUUAAAAGUUCACGUAUUACACAAAAACACAAAAAUAUGUUGGACUCGACAUGUUGUCGACUUGCAAAAUCCAAUAAAACGGUAUCUAUUGCGGGGCCAGGUAUCUAUAAUAAACUACCCGACAACAUUAAAAAUAUUGAAAAUGACCUGACAUUCCACUCUCAGUUAAAAAAAUGGCUCACUAGAAAUGCCUUUUAUGACAUCCCGUGCGCCUCGCUCACGCCUAUACAUACCUAUACGAACAAGUAUGAGUGA